AUGGUGCGACUUAUCGAACCUUCACAGUCGCAAGACAUCAAUGUGAUCUCAGCCCGUACAGCACAGAGCCCAGCCACUUCUUCAAGUGAGGAGGAAUCCAAUCAAACGAGUAGAAUGGUUUCCAAGAGAGUUAUUCCAGGCACAAAGGCUGCAAGAACCAACGCGAAAAAGCGAUUUCAUCAUGGGAUUUGGAUUGAACCAUCAGUUAAAGAGUCUGACAUGGAUUGGAAACCUACUGAUGAGCAGUUGACAUUUGCGAAUGGUAUCGGCUGGGGAGAUAGUCCAGUCUCGAAAACAGUCGAGAAUAAGAUGUUCAGGCUUUUACGGAAGGAAGUUAGUGUAACGGAGGGAACAGAUGUGAAAGAGAGGACAACUGUUAGAAAGCGAAAGGCAAUGAGUAUACCUGCGCCUGUUCCAACAGAUGAAACGCCUGAUAGUACUGAUAGACGAAGUCAGAGGGUACGGAAACAGGUCAAAACAUAUAAUGACAGGGCCUUAGCUAGGAUAGCUGUAUCUUCCAGGGAGGAGUAUCGAAGUGAUAGUGAUGAUCCAGAGAGCGCAGCCCAGGAACAAACCAUGUCACCUAUACAGCCUCAAAUAGCGGUGGAGGAUCCAGUCGGCUCACCUGCUAGAUCGGAGGCCGAGUCUUCGGACAGGGAGCCUGAAACUAUCGAGAGACGAAGUCAACGAGCCCGUCCCAUGGUCAAAACUUACAAUACCAAGAUUCUGGCUGGCACAGCUGUGCAUACUCCGGCAAAGUACAUAAAGAGUCAGACUUGA